CGGAUAGGCCAAUGAUAAGGAAACAAUGUCACAACUUGGACCAUUCUUACGGUAGCUAAGUCCAGCAAGCUGUGGUCACAAUCAUGGAUGCCUUUGAGUGGGUUCUCGUUUUCUUGACUUUUGCCUCAUUUUCAUCUGAGAUUCAAGGUUGGCCGGCGGAUUUGACAAACGAUGACCUGGAGCGCAUAUCCCGCAUAGUCGGCGGAGAAAAGGUUACAGACCAAACCAAGUGGCCAUGGCUGGUCUCCCUUGAGGGCACACUUCCCCACACCUCACUCGGACCUAUUCCUCUCAUCGAGACGAAGUCUUCAUGUGGUGGAUCCAUCAUCAACGACCGCUGGGUUCUCUCGGCUGCUCACUGCUUUGAUGGGAAGGAUGCUCGCAACCCAAGCCGCUGGACUGCAAGAAUGGCUACUUUGAAGAAAUCGCCCAGUAUCCUAGACUACCUGAAGCAUUUGGUCGGAAAGAUUUUCAAAAAAGAAGACUGGGUCCUAUGGAACAUGGACGUGGAAAAGAUAAUCGUUCAUCCUCGAUACGAACGAAAAAAACUGAUUCAUGACAUUGCCUUGAUGAAGCUAAAGAACCCCGUCCCAUCUGGAGAUCAGUUUGAGAAGAUCCACAAAGUGCAGCUCCCCCUUCAAGGCGAGAGGACCUUCCCUGCUCCUGGACAAAAAUGUGUGGUCAAAGGCUGGGGAUGUGCCAAAUAUGGAGGAGGUUCUACUUCCAGAGCAUACCAAGUGACUCUGCCAAUCCUGAGUGAUCAGGACUGCAAGCGGUAUUGGGGGCGCACCGACCCAGCCAUGAAGCUCUGUGCAGGGGAUGUCGACCAGAAUAAGGGACCAUGCCCGGGUGACAGUGGCGGACCACUUGUGUGCCAACAAGGAGAUAAGUGGGUUCAAGUUGGAGUCGUCUCUUUUGGAAACGGAAGUGCCGACUACCCUAGUGUCAUGACACGCGUUUCAAACUAUGUGAGCUGGAUCAAUCACACAGUACAGAAUUACUAAGACAACUAAUUCAGAAUUAAAGUCAUCGCUCUUCAUGUA